CUGCCGGAUGGCCAGAACCCAGUGCGUGCGGUCACCAACCGGAGGGAACAAGGAGCAGUCGUCGAUCGCCUCUCCUUUGCAGUUGCGGCUUUGCUUGAUCGCCUCACGCCAAGCAAGCACCGACUGCCUCAAAUUAAGGCUGCACCGACCGGCUCUAUUUGAGCUAUAUCUCUGCAGGAAAGCUCAGUUCAGAUCCAUUCACUUCACUCAUGGGCUCAUCCUCGGGCCAUCAGAGAAGCAAAACGCGCAGCAGGAACAGGAAGCCCUUGGGAAUUCAGCUCUUGGAGCGGGUCCGUGGCAGCCCCAUCUCCUUCAGAUCAUGCCAGGCUCUCGUGCUAGUGCUCACGUUCCUAUCCUACGCCAGCUACCACGCCACCAGGAAAACCACGAGCGUCGUCAAGAGCGUCCUCGACCCAAAGACGAAGACGAACCUAGGCACGUCGUCGGCGCAUUACUGGCCCCCCAGCCACCUCUUCUAUCUCCAUAAUCUCAAAGAUGCGGACAACAGCAGCGCCGGCGGCUCUCUCUCCAGCGGCGGCGGCGGCGGCUGGGUUCCGUUCAACGAGGCGGAAGACGGCACGGCGUUGCUGGGCGAGAUCGACCUGGCGUUCCUCGGCGCGUACGCGGCCGGCAUGUUCUUCGCGGGCCACCUGGGCGACAGGGUGGACCUGAGGGUCCUCCUCACCGUAGGGAUGGUGGGGACCGGGCUCUUCACCGCCGCCUUCGGAGCGGGCUACUGGCUCGACGUGCACAGCUUCUACUACUUCCUGGCCGUGCAGAUGGUGGCCGGCCUGUUCCAGUCGUCCGGGUGGCCGUCGGUGGUGGCGGUGGUCGGCAACUGGUUCGGGAAGAGCAAGAGGGGGCUCAUCAUGGGGGUGUGGAACGCCCACACCUCCGUGGGGAACAUUUCCGGCUCGCUGGUCGCCGCUGCCAUGUUGAGGUACGGGUGGUGCUGGAGCUUUGUGGUGCCCGGUGUCGUCAUCGCGCUGGUCGGGCUCGCCGUGUUCCUGCUCUUGCCUGUUGCGCCUGAUGUGAUUGGAGUCCAGGAGGAUCUCUGUUUGAAGGACGCUCCAUUGCUUGAACGACGACGCGCAGAUGUAGAGGAAAAGGCGGUUGGGUUUAUUGAGGCGUGGAGGAUCCCUGGUGUUGCCCCUUUCGCCCUCUGCCUUUUCUUCUGCAAGCUUGUGGCGUAUACGUUCCUGUACUGGCUUCCCUUCUAUAUCAGCCACACAGCUAUCGGUGGAGAAUACUUGUCGGACUCCGCAGCCGGGGUACUGUCGACGCUGUUCGACGUGGGCGGCGUCGUGGGCGGCAUCCUCGCCGGCCACAUCUCCGACCACCUGGACGCCCGGGCGCUGACGGCCGCGAGCUUCACCUUCUCGGCGAUACCGGCGCUCUUCUUCUACCGCGUCUACGGGAACGUCUCGCUGGCCUGGAACAUCGCCCUCAUGUUCGUCACGGGGAUGCUGGUGAACGGCCCCUACGCGCUGAUCACGACGGCCGUGUCCGCGGACCUCGGCACGCACAGCUCGCUCAACGGCAACUCCCGCGCGCUGGCCACCGUCACGGCGAUCAUCGACGGCACGGGGUCCAUCGGCGCCGCCGUCGGCCCGCUCCUCACGGGCUACAUCUCCGCCAGGAGCUGGAGCGCCGUGUUCACGAUGCUGAUGGCGUCCGCGCUCGUCGCGGGGCUGCUGCUGUCCAGGCUCGUGGCGGCGGAGGUGGUCGCCAAGAUGGAGUCCCGGAGGACGCCCGCCCCUGCUGCGAGCGACCUGCUGCCCGUGUCCUCCUCCUCCAUGGACGAACCGUAGAUCGCUUCUAGCUGCGCCCCGGCUGUGGUCUCCUGGUGACAUGGAAUGGUGGCGGGAGAGUAGAUCACCUGUGAUUUUAGGCCUGGUGGGACUGUGGCAGCAGGUGCGCAGUGCGCUUCUGUCCCGGAACUGUGGGAUCUUGCUCCUGCCGUGCCGUGCUUCACCGCUUCUGGUUCGUCAUGGUAUAUAUGUAUAUGGAAUGUCUUCUGGUUGCCGACGAAGAUGAAUGCGGUUGGCUA